GUGCCCGCUGCUGCCCGUGCCGGUGCCAUCGCCCCGUGUGAGGUGAUCGUCCCGGCUCAGAACACCGGGCUCGGCCCUGAGAAGACCUCCUUCUUCCAGGCUUUGGGAAUCACCACCAAGAUCUCCAGAGGAACCAUUGAAAUCUUGAGCGACGUUCAGCUGAUCAAACAUGGAGACAAGGUGGGCGCCAGCGAGGCCACGCUGCUCAACAUGCUGAACAUCUCGCCCUUCUCUUACGGGCUGAUCAUCCAGCAGGUGUAUGAUAACGGCAGCGUCUACAGCCCCGAGGUGCUGGACAUCACUGAAGACGCCCUGCACAAGAGGUUCCUGGAGGGUGUGAGGAACAUCGCCAGUGUGUGUCUGCAGAUCGGCUACCCGACGCUCGCCUCCAUCCCUCACUCCAUCAUCAACGGAUACAAGAGGGUCCUGGCUGUCGCCGUGGAAACGGACUACUCCUUCCCCUUGGCUGAGAAGGUGAAGGCCUUCCUGGCUGAUCCCAGCGCUUUCGCUGUUGCAGCUCCUGCUGCUUCGGCUGUGGAGGUGAAAUCUGCAGCUCCUGCGGCCAAAGAGGAGGCGCCCAAAGAGGAGUCCGAGGAGUCUGAUGAGGACAUGGGCUUCGGCCUGUUUGAUUAAACUGCUGAACGAAUAUCCAUGUCAGAUUAACAUCAAUAAAACAUCUGGAAACAUCA